AUGACCGAUGAAACUACGACCCGACGGGGGUCUCCAAAACGCAAGGGAACCUGGGGCACGAUAGAUCAGACGAACCCAAAACGUCUGCGAUCGACUUCCGCUAUUCCUUCUCUGGACAACAUCUACACAACACCCGAUACUCAGGGAGGUCCUUCCUACACAGAGCCCGAUACUCAGGGAAGUCCUACCUACAUCGUCGAAGAUCCCAGCAAUCUGGAAGAGUACGAGGAAAGCGAAGAGGCGGGCGAAAUGGAGGAGCAAGACGACCAGGAUGGGUCGGAGUCGGAUGCGUUGAGUGCUUCAGAGGGCAGCUCCUCGCCUCGGUCUUCUCCGGCACCUUGCGAGGAGAAGAAACAACUCGUCAACGGUCAAGACCGCUACGCGCAUGAGGGCUCUGUCACCGCCCUUGUAUACUCUCCCGACGGCCGUUGGGCAGCCUCGGGAGGGGACGAUGGCCGAAUCGCCGUCUGGCAUGUCCCUAAUGGGACAAUGAUAACCCAUUUAACAUCUCACGAAGACAUCAUCUCCGCUUUGGUCUUUUCGACCGACAGUCGCUUGCUCGUCUCCGGUGCGCAGCUUCCCUCGAUCAUUAUCUGGGAGGUCGGAACCUGGGCCGAGCUGGUGCACAUAACCCCUCAGGCGGCCGCUCAGUGUCUGGCGUUUUCCCCCGACCCCGAACGGUCACUGCUGAUUGCGGGAAACUCAAACGGAGAACUGGAGACAUGGGACGCUCGCCCGGACCAGGGCUUCGCACCGGUUCAUUGUCUCAAAAGCAAUGCGGCCCCGAUCAUCCUCAUGGAAUUCUCUGUGGACGGGACUCGGAUGGUCACUGGCGGCAUGGAGCGCAACUGCGUCGUUUGGGACGUCGCGACUCUCAUGCCGCCUCCGCCCCUCCCGCCCAAGGCCCCUACCCCACCGGCCGAGGUCUCCCCCGCGCGCAUCGCAGACACUCCGCCGCUCAUUAAAGGGGACUCAGUCGAGGAUGCCACGUCUCCGAUGGAAAUCGAGCCCACGAGCCCACCCCCUCAGGCCCCCGCGUUCAGGACUCCGUACGAACCCAUCGAUCGCGCCCGCAUCGCUCCCGUUGCAUCCUGGCCAGUCGGCGACAAUGGCUUCGUCUACAACGCGUCGCUUUCCCCCGACGGCGCCCGCAUCGCACUCGCCUACGAGGACGGCGGGGUACAGAUCUGGGACUGCGCCCCGGAGGCGCCGACCCGGCUGCUCACCGUCUGCGAGGGGCGCACGGGGCAGCCGGACGUCGUCUGGACGCUCGCGUUCUCCCCGGACGGCAGCCUACUCGCGACGGGGGCGGAUAGCAGCGCCGUCGCGGUCUUCGACUCGUUCUCGGGGAUGCGCAGGUACGACCUCGGCGGGCACAAGGGCGCGAUCAACGUCGUGAACUGGGCGCCCGACGGACGGCACCUCGUCACCGCAGGGGCGGACAGCACGGCGCAGGUGUGGAGCAUGGGCGAUGGGGAGAUGGUGCUGAAGUGCAACGAGCACGAUGACGACGUGACCCACACGGUGUGGUCCCCGGACGGAAUCACGAUCGCCUCUGGCUCGUUGGAUGGGGAGGUGCGCAUUCGGCAAUUCGUAGCACAUAGGUAA